AAAUCGGCUCCCCUCUCCGUUCCUAGCACUCCACACUUCUCCCCUCCUCCUUCUCCACCUCCACCUCUGCCUCUGGGUAGAUCUCUCGUUGUAGCCAUCUCCGGCCACGGCGGCCGGCAUUAGAAGCGGCGGUGGGAGCCAAGGGAGCGGUGGCCGGGCAGGUAGGAGUGGCGGUCCGCGGCGAUGUAUAAGAACCAGCUUCAGGAGCUGGCGCAGCGGAGCUGCUUCAACCUGCCGGCGUACACGUGCCUGCGGGAGGGGCCGGACCACGCGCCGCGGUUCAAAGCUGCGGUCAUCUUCAACGGCGAGCAAUUCGAGAGCCCCGGGUUCUUCACGACGCUCCGGCAGGCCGAGCAUGCUGCCGCCGAGGUCGCCCUCGCCGCGCUCGCCCGGCGCGGCCCCUCCUACUCCCUAGCCGCCCGCAUCCUGGAUGAAACAGGGGUUUACAAAAACCUUCUACAGGAAGUAGCCCAGAGAGUUGGGGCACCGUUGCCUUCAUAUACAACAGAGCGGUCUGGCCUUGGCCAUCUGCCAGUUUUCACAUGCACAGUAGAAUUAGCGGGGAUCACCUUUACAGGUGAUCAUGCUAAGAAUAAGAAGCAAGCUGAAAAAAAUGCUGCUUCUGCAGCCUGGGCUUCGUUGAAACAAUUGGCACGUGAGGAGGCGAAUACGACCAAUGAACCGGAGAACAAUGAUGAGCAGGAGCAGAUCAGGAUUGCCCGAGCCCUUCUCAACUAUCGCACAAAGGAAAAGAUAGCGAUGGCCAAUAAUCCCAAUGCUUCACCAUUUCCCAAGAAAUUUCCCAUGCAACCAGAGAGGAAGCCUUGUUUUGGUCAAUCUUCUCAGUCCAGUUACUCGAAGAUUCUUCCUCUAUUCCGGCCAAAGUCUAGUUCAAGAUCCAGACCAGAGUCACCAGCCGCGGCUGAUGGAGCAUCACAGUCACCGUUCUGGCCCAUUGAAAGCUCUAAUUCAAGGUCGAGGUUCCCGGCCGCAGAAGCAGCCCCUUAUGUCCCAGUUGGGCACUACCGUAUGCCUUGCCAUAGUAUGGCUCCUCCGGUCACAGUCAGGAGCUCUAUCCCUGUGUUCUCUGCUCCACCUCUCCCACCUCCAAGUGGACGCACAACACAGCAGCUUCCUCCUCUCCUGAGCAACCCACCAUCAGUCCGGAUGGCAUCCCCAGUUCGCAUCAGGCCAGCUUCUCCACACUUUGCUCCCUCGGGUCCUGCUCAGCGUCCAAGACCUGUGAUGUCUGUUCAGAUGAAGGAUGUGCAGCACAAGGCAAUAAGGGAAUCGAUGUCGUCUGCGAUCCCUGUUCAGGUGAAGGAUGCGCAGCAGAGGCCAACGAAGGAAUCGCCAUCAUCUGCUAUGCCUGUUCAGGUAAAGGAUGGGCAACACCAGCUGUUUAAGGGAUCAAUGUCGUCGUCUGUGAUGCCCAUUCAGAUGAAGGAUGUGCAGCCCCAGCCAGCAAAGGAACCAUUGUCAGAAGGUAAGGACGCACCACCGGCGGCGACUGGGCCUCUGGUUAAGAUCGAGGCUCCAGCUCAAGUCAAGGAAGCUUCAGAGGUGGUCACCAGUGAAGUAGUCCCAUGUCCUGCUGCUGGUUCUGUUGCUGCUGCUGCUAGUUCUACUUCUACUUCUACCAGUGAAUGCAGCACUGCUGCGCCAGCAAGCCAGUCUGGGGCUGAUGAUGAUGCAGCCAAGGGUGAAGAGGCGCGUGAGGACGUCCUGGAAACUGAAGCAGCACUGGAGGAGGGCAUCAUCAAGCUUUUAGAGAUAAAAUGACUUUGAGUGAAGCGCAAACCAUCUUGUCCUUGUUGUCAGAUUUUGUAAUUAGCUGCCUCCUGUGCACAUCACAUCCCUUAGUUUUUGGCAUGCGUCGGUUGGUUAGGGGCUCCUGGGCAAGCUGCAUUCUGGUAGGGACACCUUAGCUUUUUGUUCAUGCAGUGGUUAGGUGGCUUGCCCGGUUGCCCGGAGUCGGAGAUGGUUAUACUUCCCUGGAUAUGGCAGUUGGUGGUCGAUCUAGCUGGCUUUACCUUUACCCCCCAAUGAUGAGGUGGACACUGCGUGCCUCUAGGGAAGGAUUAUGAGGUGGCAAUUAUUACAUCCUAAACUUGGUAAUUAUUACUGUCGUCGAUC